CCUGUUGCGCAUGCUCAUCAACAUAUUUUCUUUCACAAGAACUUCACAGCCAUAAUCUAAAAGGGUUUGGUUAUCUUUACGGUGCUUCCGUGCUGCCCGGACGAGGUUCCUAGAACCAUUCUAUUUGCUUUGCACGGAUAGUAUGUAUUUUUGAAGCUCAAGCUUGCUGCAAUAGGCAGCCUACAUUGUUGUCUGUUGCAAAUACACUGUUGCUACAGUGCAGGAGAAAGUAGACACACCACAACACCUCUACUGUACAAUGCAGCCCUAGGUCUGACACGGAGGGCUUGUAAAUCAGAGCAGUUCAAGAUAUUAUGUAUGAUUUGGAACAAGAACACUUGAACUUUAUUUUGUUUACCUCUGAUUUGGGCGCUGGUCUUUAGACUUUGACUGUAACUCCCGACUGCUAUGAAUGCAGGCAAAGUCCCUCUCCCCAACCUUCAAACAUGGCUGAAAUGCUCUUAACAGGCCUCGUUUUGAACUAGAAUUGAUUGAUUCGGAACAUCUUGAGGAAAGGCUAACAUAAUUCUUCUCUUCCCAGUGAUUCAGAGUGCUGAAAAUAGACUCGAAAUCAGGAAACUUUGCACCUACAACUAUAUUCUUGUCUGCCAUAUUUCAUUUCAUUUUGCAAAGUAUGAACACCGAAAUGACUAUGCACAACAGGAAGUGCUGUAGAUAUAGCCUCUGAAUGAAUCAUUACAGUGCUAUACUUAUAGCCACUGUACCCUCUUUAUGGUUUUAACACCCUGAGAUGGCUGUAAAACGUGCAGCAGAAGAAGAAGAAGAUGAGAAGGACAGGCCAGGCAAGAAACGAGGUCGACUGGAGUCAAGGGGUCUAGGGCCCCAGCCCCCUUCCUCCCAUUUGGGCAGCUUAGGGGGUGUGGCCUCAGCUCGGACACGGCAGAUUGUGGAGGAGAAAUUAAUGGAGUUUGAAGAACAAGAAAACUCUGAGGUGACAGAUGGACCCCUGAAUGAGUCCUUGCUCAAGAAAAUGAUCUUAAGCUUUGAGAAACGUGUACUGAAGAACCAGGAAUUGCGAAUCAAGUUCCCUGAUGAUCCUCGCAAAUUCAUGGAAUCAGAGGUAGAGCUGAAUGAUGCUGUCGAGGAGCUGCAUGUGGUGGCCACUGUGCCCGAGCUGUAUCCUGUGCUUGUGGAGUUGGGCACUGUCAAAAGCCUGCUCUCACUCCUCAGCCAUGACAAUACUGACAUUGCCAUUGCUACAGUUGACCUCCUGCAGGAGAUGACAGAGCUGGAGGACAUUCAGGAAGAGGAGGGUGCUGAGGCUCUGAUUGAUGCACUGCUGGAGGGCCAGGUUGUCACCACACUUGUCCACAAUCUGCAGCGAAUGGAUGAGUCCAACAAGGCUGAAGCUGAUGGUGUUCACAAUAGUCUGGGGAUAAUUGAGAACCUAGCAGAGGUGCGUGUGCAGGUGUGCCGAGAUGCAGGUCCUGGAGGUUUGCUGGCCUGGCUCCUAAAGAGGCUAAGAGCAAAACUGCCAUUUGAUGCCAACAAGCUUUACAGCUCAGAGAUCCUGGCCAUUUGUAUGCAGAACCAUGAAGAAAAUAGGCGUCUUCUAGGUGAAAUGGACGGGAUUGAUGUGCUCCUCCAGCAGCUUGCUGUUUACAAGCGACAUGACCCAUCCACCAACGAGGAGCAGGAGAUGAUGGAGAACCUGUUUGACACCCUCUGCUCCUGCCUCAUGUUCACACCCAACAGAGACCUCUUCUUGAGGGGUGAAGGUCUACAGCUUAUGAACCUUAUGCUGAGAGAGAAGAAGCUCUCCCGCAAUGGAGCCUUAAGAGUGCUUGACCAUGCACUUACGGGUCAGGAAGGCGCCGACAAUUGUAACAAAUUCGUAGAGAUCCUAGGUCUACGGACAAUCUUCCCACUCUUCAUGAAGACUCCUGGCAAGCAUGGCAAGAAGGGCCUCACUAAGGACCAGCAUGAGGAACAUGUUAUCUCUAUCAUCACAUCUCUGCUCCGCAACUGCCGCCCCAACCAGCGAACACGACUCAUCAACAAAUUUACAGAGAAUGACCAUGAAAAGGUGGACAGGCUGCUGGAGUUGCACUUCAAAUACCUUGAGAAGGUCCUAGCCACCAACCUUGAAGAACAGGCCAAGACAGAGAAUCUGGAUGAAGAUGAGCUGUACCUGCGCAGACUGGAUGGAGGCCUAUUCACACUACAGCUGGUCGAUUACAUAAUGCUUGAUGUGUGUGCAACAGGACCGCCUUCCAUUAAGAGACGUGUGCUCAAGAUCCUCAAUCUCCGCAAUGCAUCUGUGAAGACCAUCAAGAAUAUCAUGAGAGAAUAUGCCAGUAACCUAGGAGACGGAACCAAUUCAGACGCGCAGGCUGAAGAGCAGGACAGAAUACUCGACUUGCUGGAUAAGUUCCAAAACACGUGAGACCAACUAAUGCCAGAAUGCUUGGGUGCAUGCUAAUGGAGAAGGAGGAGGAGGAGGAGGAAAAAGGAAGAAGAGAAGGAGGAAGAGGAGGCAGAGAAGAAGGAGGACAAGGACAUGCAGCUUUCUCUUUAGAGAGUGAGACUUCUCUUUUAGGCUAAAUGAGUUGGUUUUGUUAGAUUAAGAACCUUUCCUCUCAAACUGGUACAUUUCAGAAGUACAAAGAUGCUUAUUAGAAAAGAAAAUCUGUCACUAUUAUCCUUUUAAUUUUUCUUUAUUGCUUAUCAUUAUCAUUAUCAUUAUUAGUAUUACUUUUUUAUUAUUAUCAUUACCAUUAUUAUGCUGCUCUUAUAAUUAUUGUUAAUAAUGCCAUUGUUCUUAUAACUUUCAUCUUUAUUACUAGCCAUGUUAUUCCUAAUGUCUCCUACAAUACUGAAGUGUUCAGAGACAAUGCAUGAAGAGGCAGAAAGAUCUCAUCCUCAUUCAUAUUUUCAGUUUCUUACAAUUUUAUUUAUUUAUUUGUUUUUCUUAUUUGUUAUUAUUUCUUUUUUAUAUAUACUCAGAUAUUUUUUUAUAAUUAUAUUAUUAUUAUUAUUUAUCCCCCAUUCAUAUACAUAUAUUUUUAUGGUUAUAUUUUUCUUUCAUAUAUUAUUGCAUUUAAUUCUGUCUUUCAUGUUCUGUCUGUGAAAUUCUGGCCAUGCAUCACCAGUUGUAAGUAUGUAGCAUCAUUUUCCAUUUAGGUGUGAAAAUCAAGAGCAUUUUAAAAUUAUGUUGAUGAUGAAAAUGAAAAGUGAAAAUAGUUA